AUAAAGUGAGGUAGGCACAAAACCUUCACCAACUUCUCCACCUUAAAUGAUGCUGGAGCUGGGCUAGACCCUGUGUAGAAGCAAAUGUGUGUUUGCUGCAGUGGCCCCACUGGGUCCCUUUGCACGGCCGGGUGCGCCUGGCCUCUGUCCCUGCUGGAAGGUGACCUACAACCCAGAGCAAGGCCCAGCCCCACCGCCCAAUACGGAAACAACCCCCCCAGCCAGCCAGGCUUGCGUGGGCGUUUGCCGCGAUGGCACAGAUAACCGCUGCACGCAGGUCCCCGGCGGCGGCGCCGGCAGUGCCAGGAGUGGGGCCGGGGCAGGGUUAACACGCGGGACCCCGAGGCGGCAGCGGGAGGCUGCUCCUUCCUUCUUCCUCCUUGGUGACCAGCCAACCCCUGCCAGGGGUUAUCGGCCAAGCGUGGCAAGGACCCAGCAGUAAAUAAGGAGGGGUGGAUGGGGGGUGCAGGGCCCAGGACUGACCUGCCCCUCCCAGAGGUGGCGGGGACUCCUGUCCCCCCUUGCCACCCCAGGACCUUUGGGCCAGGUGACUUUGCAGCCCAUUGGGUGCUCCUUGGGGGCUGGAGAUCCCAACCUUGGGGUGUCAACCAUGGGGGUCACCCUGGGAAGGGCCUUAAAAUCUCCCAUGGUAAAACGGGUGCCCCCCAGCAUUAGUGGGUUGCCAGGACUGGGUAGUGGCCACCUCUGUGGCAAGCUGUGAGGACACUGAGCGGUCAGUGCCGCAGGCAGGGCACGUGGCGUCCCUGUCCCCCCCCACCCGGGGGAGUGCUCACCGGCGGAGCCACCCUGUUGCGUCGCUCCCCUGGGACGGGGAGAGCUGCAGCCGUGUCCCUGCCGCCGAGGAAGCACCAUGGGGUGCCGGGGCCAGCGGCUGCUCUGGAGCUGGGUGCUGUGGGGGCUCUGGGUGCUGCCAGCGCAAGCUGGGGACACACAGGAGCAGCCCCUCGUCCCCGUGCCGGCCCCGGCAGAGCCGGGCAGCAUCUCCUCCGCGAUCGACAGCACCAGCGCCGAGCUGCCUCCAGACCUGGGCAUGUGCCAGGCGUUCCCCACCACCGCGGCUGCUCAGCCGGAGCACCCCUCUCCCGCCAGCAGGGCCACCACCUCCGCAGGCAGCCACAGCUCAGGGCAUGCAGUGGAUCUUGCCACGGGUGGUGGUGGUGCUGGACCACCUAUAGCCACAUUGUCCCCAGCUCCAGGUGUCCCCGCCAUAAUGGGGACAAGCAAACCACCAUCAAACAGCAGCACUGCCCCCAAGCAGGCUGUGGAAGCGUCCAGAGAGGAGAGCAUCCCUGGAGAACCAGUCCUGGGAACAGCUGUGCCCAUGCAAGAGGGGACUGUGGCCAAGCCACCCACGGGUGCUGCUGGUGCUCUGAGAGGUUUGUCCCCAGCAGUGGCACGCGUCCCGGCUGCUCAAUCAGUGCCAGGGACAAAAGCAUCUUCCUCGGUCAGUGGCAAAUUGACGGAUGCCAAUGAGUUGGUGCAGCUGGGCAAUGCUGUCACUGCAGAGAGGACGCCAAGGACAUCAUGGACCACAGUGCCAUCGCCCCCCCAGGAUGACCGCAGCACAGGGAACUCGCCCCCCAGCAUCAGCAAGAGCUCUGCUGAGCCACACGCAACCACCAUGCUCCUGUCCCAUGAAGUCAGGAUAGGGCUCGAUGAGGCCACCUCACCUUCAGCCACAGCAGCCAGCAUCUCUCAGGACUUGGGCAGCCCCAUGAAGCUGGCAGCAGCCUCAGCCAGCCCUGCCGCUGGCCUCCCUGGGGGUCCCCCCUACGCAGCCAUGGAUAGAGCCAGGACGGCAGCCCCACCCUCAGCAAAGGUCACCUUUUCUUCUGCCACCAUUGGCAUCGGUGAAGCUACAGAGCCAGGGACACGUGCCUUAUCCAACGCCGACCACAACACCCUGCAGGACUCCCCUGUGUCCCCCCCUCAGCCGUCUCCAUCCCUUUCACCCCAGCUCCCUGGCAGUCCUGUGCCGGGCGCAGGAGAGACACUUUCCCCCAGCUGCGGCGUGGCCCCCAGCACUGCUGGAGAUGGGCUGCCUGGAGCCAGCACUGUCACCCACCCCCAGGCCACCGCAUUAGCUCCAGGCACACCAGCAAUGGCGAUGGAUGUCACUGCUGCAAAGCACAUCCCCACUGCGUCAUUCCCAGCUCUGGGAAGCACCAGUGCUGGGCUGCUGCCCGUCAGGAGUGACCCCAGCGCCAGAGCCACAGCAGGCAUGGCUUCCCCGGAGACCAAGGCCACCCCAGUGGGGCUCAGCGUGAGGCUGAACCCCAGUGCAGCUCCCAAUGGCCCUGGUGGUCCCUCUCCAGGGCCCUUUGUGCACUCCACGGUGUCUCUGUUCCCCCAGGCCUCCUCAGCAGGCCCUGAGGCCACCAUGGCAGAGGUAGCUGCCGGGGGAUCCCCUCCAGCCAGACCCAGCGUGUCCACGUCCUUGUCCCUCACGGGUGCUGGUGGAGCAAAGCCAGACAGGACCCCUCGCGCUGCUGCUGCACCAACAUCUUCCCUCUCUGCAUAUGGCAUUGGGACCGGGCCAGCCGCCCAUCCAUCCUCCCUCGUUAGCAACACUCCAAUUAGUGAAGCAGGGAUGGGAACAGCAUCGCUGGCCAGAGGCAAUGCCGCCACAACUCUGCGGGACACUGGAGCCACACCGCCUGUGCCUGAUUCAUCUCCCAGCCAGCCUGGUCCCACGGUGGGCUCAGCACCCCCAGGAACUGGUGUCACCCCUGGAUCCGCACCAGCCCCACAGCUCCAGACUGGGCCCCGACAUGGGGCAGCUCUGGGAGCAGAGACGUGGUCACCCAGCACUGCACCAGGCAUGAGCACGGCUGUGCCAGGCACCCCGCGGGUACCCAGAGCAGCCAGUGUCCCCGUGGCAUCGCAAGCAGGCAUCCACCCUCUCCUGGAAGGCAGUGCCACCAUAGGGAUGGCUCUGGGGAUGUCCCCGUCCACCAUCCCCCAAGACAUGGCAGCAAGCAUUUCCCCACCGUCCCAGGCCACCCCACCACCGGCAAUGGGUGCUUCAGGUGACCCCCGCCCCGAUGGCAGCACUGUGGGGCAAGCGGUGGAGACAGCGUCCCUGGAGGUGGGCAUAGAGAAGAACCCAGGUGCCAGCGCAGUGGGGCCAGCUCCCAGCCACAUGAUCGUCACUGCUGGACCAUCACCAGAGCCACCUGCCCGAGGGACUGAUGCUCCUGAAACCAGGCCCCCAGUGGAUCUGCCUCUCCUGGCUCCCAGGGGCGGUCGUUCGGUCCUACCAGCUGUGGCUAACCCCAGCCCAGCACUGGCCACAGCCAGCCCCCUCCCCAACGCUGCCACAGACAAGACACCCCAGCCUGUGACACCACCACCCGCCAAUAACGCAGUUGCGGAGGGAGGCAAGGGCAGGUCCCAACCAGCAGGAGAUGGCAGCACCACACAGGCAAGCUCGACCCUGGCUGAAAACACAAGGGUGGGUGCUGUGACAGGUAUCCCCCACAGCGGUGACGCUGCCCAGGGGACAGCCCCACCGGUGUCACCCCCUGUCAAAGCCAGCAUCGCUCCUCAGCCAAACGUGGCUGCAUUGGACCACAGCUACCGCACCGCUGAACCCACCACGGACACGGACACAGGCAUGGACUUGGACAUGGACGUGGCUUCUCCCACCACAGGGAAUGGGGCUGGGGUGGCUGAGCCACGCACCGGUGAUGCCACCCCAUCAGCACACUCUGCCCCAAGCAGCAAAAGCCCUACGGCAGUGGCCAUUGUGGGCAUGGUGUCACCCACAGCUCUGGAGACAGCCAUAACACCUUCCCCUGGCUUCGCUCACAGCACUGCUGAGACAGAUGUCAGUGUGUCCCCUCCUGUCCCCAGGAACACCCAUCUGGUGGUGGUUGCACACUCCGUCAACCCCAGCAUCGCUGGCCCAAUAGUGGGAGUGGGUGAUGCUAGUCUCAAUAGGGUCACAACACCCCUCUCUGCUGUCCCCAGGAGUGCCUCUGCUCCACUUAGCUCCCAUGUCACCCUGAGGCCAUCCUCUGAGGCCACCGAUAGCACCCACGCCUCACCCUUGGGGGGUCUCAGCCUGGUCACUGAGGACGAGCCCAUGGCUGGAGUCUUCUCGCUGGCUGUUGGCCAGACACAUGCAUGGGAGACUACAGCCGCAUCCCAGUCAGGUGCCGGGGGUACCACCGCCUGGGUGGACACCACCCCCUCUGAGAGCGGUGCUGAGGGUGCAGCACCCCCAGACAGCACCAACAGCACCCAUGUGCCUGUCCCCAGUGCCACUGGCACAAGCCCAGCCACCACACCAGCUGCCAGCAUGUUCCCCAGUGACACCAUCCCGCCAGCCGCCUCAGCCGACAGGGAGACCUACAUGGUGACCAGGGCCACCGCAGCCAUGCCAUCUGCCACGGCAAAGGCCACCAGCACCAGCAGUGCCCUGUCCUUUGCCGUAACAGAUGACAAGGCAGGUGAAGGCAGGCAACCUGUCCCAUCCCCAACUGAGGGUACCCCCUCAGUGGAGACAACGGCCGGGUCCUGGGGUGUCCUUGGUCCUAGCCCUGUGGUGGCAGCGCCCAGUUCACCCCUCCCCAGCCUGCAUAGCCCAGCAGAGGAGCCAGUGACAGCCCCCUCGUCCCUGCUUGAUGUUGGUGCGACUGAGGAGCCAGCAGCCACGCAGACUCCCCCUGAGCUGGCAACAGGCACCACUUCUCCCAUGGCCAUCAGCAACCGUGCCAUGGGACAGGCAGCGAGCACGUCACCUCCUGGUUUUCAGACAUCUCUAGGGGCACCUACCUGGGGGGAGAAAACAGCCAUCACUGAAAAAAGAACCACCACCAUCACAGCAGGGAGCACCACGGCCAUCACUGAAGGUACCACCACGGCCAUCACUUCAAGGACCACCAUGGCUACUACUGCAGGUAGCACCACAGCCAUCACUGCAAGGACCACCACGGCUAUUACUGAAGGCACCACCACAGCCAUCACUGAAGGCACCACCACAGCCAUCACUGAAGGCACCACCACAGCCAUCACUGCAAGGACCACCACAGCUAUUACCACAGGGAGCACCACAGCCAUCACUGAAGGCACUACUACAGCCAUCACUGAAGGCACUACCACAGCCAUCGCUGAAGGCACUACCACAGCCAUCGCUGAAGGCACUACCACAGCCAUCGCUGAAGGCACCACCAGAGCCAUCGCUGCAGGGGGCACCAUGGCCAUCACUGCAGGGACUACCAGAGCCAUCACUGCAGGGAGCACCACAGCCAUUGCUGCAGAGAGCACAAAAGCCAUCACUGCAGGCACCACCACAGCCAUCGCCACAGGCAGCGCUGUGGCCAUCACUGCAGGGACCACCACGGCCAUUGCCACAGGCAGCACUAUGGCCACCACUGCAGGGAGCACCAUUGCCAUUACUACAGGGACCACUACGGCCAUCUCCACAGGCAGCACCACGGCCAUCAGUGCAGGGAGUACCAUGGCCAUUGCCGCAGGCAGCACCGUGGCUGUUGCACCCACAGCCCCAGUGAGCCCAGCCAAGGAGGCGGGAGGUCUCCUGGUCCCAGGCACCGCAGUACCGGGGAGACCACCAGCCACCACCAGCCCUGUCACAGCCCCAGCUCCUGUCUUUGCGACACAGAACGGACUGCCCACAGUACCAAGCACGUCUUCCCACACCACCGCUGGCCACAGAAAUCCUGCCCCUAAGCCAGAAUCCACUCACGGGCUUAUCAUGCCAGCAGCCUCGCUCUACCCCUUCGGCAUGGAGGGAGGGGACCAAGAGUGCAUCCAAAGGACGGUGGAUUUUAACUCCCCCCUGUUCAAGCCAGAGAUUGGGUUCCCCUUCGGGAAGUCGCUGCGGGAUGCCCUCUACUUUACAGAUAACGGACAGAUCAUUUUCCCACCCACGGACAACUAUGUCCCCUCUAACCCCAACCCACCUCCCCGGGGCUUCAGUGGCCAGGAACAUUUGCCGAUGGUGGCUGCCUUUUGGGAUGAUGCAGAUUUCUCCCAGGGUGUCGGCACCACCUGGUAUCAGGAGUACUCCACCCUCAGCUCUACCCGAGACCCCCUCGUCCAUGAUGUGGAAGCAAAGAUUGAGAAAUACCUGAAAACCCCCUACACAGCAAAAUGGACCUUGAAGGUGACAUGGGAGAAGGCUCCGGCUUACCCAUCCCGGCGGGAUGACACUCGGACGAACACCUACCAGGCAGUCCUCACCACCGAUGGGAACCGUUCCUUUGCCCUGCUGCUCUACCAGGACGGUGGGAUGCGGUGGGACUACUCCAAGCUGGCUACGGGCAACGUGCUGAUCGGCUUCUCCAGCGGCGAUGGUGAUGCCCAAAAUAACGAGCUGACUCAACAGCCACCAGCUGUCAAGUACCGACCUGACCAGCACAGCGGUGCUGGCACCGAGGUGCGCGGGCUGUGGAUAUACAGGCUGGACAGUCUCUCCCGGGUGAACUACAGGCUGCGGUGCCUGGCGUGGCUGGACACAGAGCCAGCGCCGGACGCCUGGAACAGCCAGCUGCCACCAUGCCCCUGCUCCCAGCCCCAGGCAGAGCUGGACCCCCGCUACCGCCGGAGCACAGAUCCGGCGAAUGCCUCCUUGAGGAUGCUGCGCACUGCAUCCCCCAGCCCAGCCGGCGCUGGGGUGCGGUGUCUGUACCAAGAUGGGAGCUUGCUCGAAGGCUGGCAGGAGAGGGCAUGGAGCCUCCCCAUCCACCCCACCGCUGACAGGGAGCUGGAAGCGUUCGACUGGUGCUGCCGGCACGUGGGGAAGCCCCUCUUCUGCGACAGGUUUGCUGAGAAGAGACCGAGGGUCGGCUGCGAGGGAUACGUGCCGCCCACCCCUGCUGGCGCCUUCGGGGACCCCCACAUCACCACCCUGGAUGGACUCACCUACACCUUCAAUGGGCUCGGGGACUUUGUCCUGCUGCUGGCCAGUGGUGCCCAGACCAGCUUUGUACUGCAUGGGCGCACAGCCCAGACUGGCAUGGCCCAGGCCACCAACUUCGUGGCCUUCGCUGCCCAGUACAUCUCUGCCACCACCACAACAGUUGAGUGGACCGUGGGGAGCCAGGGUGAAAUCCAAGUCCUCCUGAACAAGGAAACCAUCCAGUUUUCCUAUUCCCAAGACAUGGGUGCCGAGGUGUACUACAGCCCCGGUGUCUUGCUGGUCAAUGCCUCCUCUGUCACGGCCGUCUUUGAUGGGGCCAUCGCCAUCUCAAUCUCAGCCGCCUCCAGGAUCCUCAGUGUGGUCUGCAGCCUGCCUGAUCAGUACCAUAACAGCACCAAGGGCCUCCUGGGUGUGUGGGACCACGAUCCUGCAAACGACUUCCAGAUGCCAAACGGUACCAGCAUCCCUGUGAACAGCAGCGAGGAGGAGAUCUUCAGCUACGGGAUGACCUGGGCUGUUGGAGAGCACGGCCUGUUUGCUCAGCCUCUGGACUCACCGGUAAUGAACUUCACACCCAUCUUCUUGUCUCGGCUGCGGCAGGAGAAUGAAAGUGAGUACCAGCUGGCAGCCUCGCAGUGCCACGGCAGCAAGGAGUGCAUCUACGAUUCACUGAGCACAGGGGACAUGGCCCUGGGUCUGGCCACCCAGAGCCUCGCAGCUGACUUCCAGCAGAAGAAGACAGUACUCAACGCCUUCCCUCCUGUUAUCACCGGUGACGAGUCGCUCACAGCCUUCAGGACAGAACGGGUCAGCAGGCAGUACCAUGCCACUGGGGUGGGCGCACGCUUUGUCCCCCACUUCUCACCAGAGCUCAACAUAACAGAGAGCGGCACCCUGACGUGGGACCCCCGUGGGACGGCCCCGCUCACCAUCAACCUGGAGGCUGUCGGGUCCAACAACGUCUCUGCCCUCCUCCAGCUCCGCUUCACCCUUUGCAACUGCAGCAGCAGCCAGGAGUGCGACUACAGCAACACCGUCAUCCUCAGCGCGUCCUCUCUGCAGCUGGCAGCCUGCAGGUGCGAGGGCGGCUACUCGGGUUCCUUCUGCCAGGACCCUCCAGACCCCUGUGCCCAGGGAUGCUUCCCCGGCGUGGGCUGUGACUCCCAGACCGGCUGUGGCCCCUGCCCAGCUGGCCUGACUGGCGACGGGCGGCACUGCUCAGAUAUCGACGAGUGCGUGCAGGGGACGGCGUGCCCAGGGAAUGCCACCUGCAUCAACACGGUGGGCAGCUACGCCUGCUCCUGCCCGACCGGCGAGGAGGGCGAGUGGCCAGGCUGCGGCUCAGCCUGUGGCUCCCACUCCUGCCCUGAGGGCUACUGUGGCAACUGGGGUCGCUGCCGCCUGCACCCCGUCACCUGCACCCCCUCCUGCACCUGCCCCCCGGCUUUCACCGACCAGCGGUGCCUGGUGGCGGGGGGGGAUUUUCGGCCGCUGCCCAGCACAGAUCUCCCCCGGAGAAGCGUCCGUCUGCGGGUCAGGACAUUGCAAAACGCCACUGACGGCGAAGUCAACAGCACCGUCUCGGCCAUCCUGGGCUCCCUGGAGGUAAAGGCUUUCCAGAGCAACACCAACAUCACCCAGACGACAGACAGCGAUGGUUUCACCUUCACGGUGGUGUCCGAGUUUGCCUACAGCAGCCGUGGCAUCGUCAUCCAGUUCCUGAACGAGGAGCUGCUGGGGGCCAUCACCAUCGCCUUCAAUGGGCGGCGGGGGCGGCGGGAGGCGAGUGCACCCCUCCGCUUCCAGCGCCUGCACCGGGACAAUGUCACUGACCUGGUGAAACUGACCGUGGCUGAGCUGAGGAGCUAUUUCCCUUGUGGUCUGUAUGGCUACAAAGGCUACCGGCUCCACUACGGAGGGACCAUCGGUUUCGUCUGCAUGUCCCCUUGCAAGAUGGGCUACUGCCAGCAUGGUGGCCAAUGCCAGCACCUGCCAGAGGGGCCUAUGUGCAGGUACUGCCUCCCCUUCUCCAUCUUCUCCCCCGGCGGCGCCCGGUGUGAACAACUGGCCAUCAGCCUCGCCGCCUUCCUCGGCAUCUUGCUGGGAGCCCUGGCUCUGCUCUGCCUCCUGUUCGCCACCGCCUGCCUGGCUGCGCACCUCUGCCGCCGGCACUGGCACCGGGGGGCCAAGGAGAACUUCUGGAGGCCACGGCCCUUCUCCUCUCUGAUGACGGCAGGAGAGCGGACAGAGACCCCUUGCUCCCGCUCCCUGGGAAGGCACUGGGAACUGCAGCUCCAGGCCAUCGACCCCUCAGUCCAGAUAAGGAUCCAGAGACCCCACGUCAGGCCUCUGAGCCAGCCCCCCGAGCAGCCCUAGCCUGCCACCACUCCCGUCCCGGCACCCCCAGCUCACAGAGGAGCCGGCCGCUGCUGCUGGUCCCACCGCCCGCUCUCGGGGUCUCCGGCAUCGGCGCCUGCGUGGAGACAGGGGACGGGAACCUGCCUUUUGCAGUCUGGUCUUUGUGGGAGGAUUCACCCUGGAGGAGGUGAUUUUUUGAAUGAAAAAUAUUGGGUGGCCAAAGCAAGAGGAUUUCACCUUCCCCUGAAGACCUGCAGAGGCAACCGGAAUAGUCCUUGAGCAUGUCUGCACUGGGGCAUGCUCUAGUGCAACAUAACAGGGCCCAGCAGAGCCACUGAGAGCAGAGUCAGGUGGGGCAAUGCAUCUAUUGUAACCCAUUAGGAACAAAAUAGAAUAAACCAAAGAUGAUGGCA